UGUGCGCCCGUGCCCGCGCUCGCUUGCGGUUUCCAGGCAAGAUUGCAGUUGCUCUUCAGCUCCGCUUCUUUCAUGACCUGCGGAGGGGAGGAGAAGCUGGGGAAGAGUUUGCUUACCGUGCUAUGCCUACCCGCAACCGGGGGGAGAGUACGGCUGGAGGGGAGGGAGGGCAAGGAGAGGACGAAGCAGCAGAGGACGACGACGGCGGAGAAGGAGCAGAAGGGCAGAGGUGGAACGUGCGCGAACACGCUAUGGAGAUGACCGCCCGCAACCUGCACCCCAAUUCCAAGACGGAAAACAGAAAUUGUGGUGUGGUGAUUAAUCGUAAUGGGGGGGAUACGACCGAGAUCACGGUGCCGCUGUCUAAACAUGGGAAAAGAAUUGCUCCGAUCGAAGGGGACAAUCUCUACAGACUGCGAGACAGAAAGUUUUUACUGGAAGACAAGAAGCGCUUAUGUGCGUGGGCGCUAAGCACCGCGCUGUUGGGGAUUCUACUGAUGAUUCUACAUACCGAACUCUGCCCAGUCGUAUAUCCACCGGGGUCAGUCUACGCCUUUAUCAUCAAUUGCUUGAUCAGCCUGUCCACGGGCUGUCUUCUUGUUCUCAUUGUGGCUUUCCAUUAUAAGGAUAUCCGGCUCUUCACCAUUGACCACAACCAGGUGGACUGGCAAAUCGCCAUGACCAGCCAACGGGUGCUGGGCAUCUCCCUUGAGCUGGUGGUUUGCGCCGUUCACCCCAUCACCACUUACUGGGGGCCUGAGAUGGGGACCCCAGAGCCGGCUAUAGACGGGGUCAGGGAAGGCCAGGGGGGGUCUGAGGUCAACUCUUCUGCCCCCCUCUGCUCCUCUGCCAAACACAGGGAUGCUCUCCUGGACCCGGAGCUGCUCCUGUCCUGCCUCAUGUUCCUGCGCCUCUACCUGGUGCACAGGGCCAUCCUCCUCCAUAGCAAAGUGCUCCUGAGCGCCUCCUACAGGAGCAUAGGCUCGCUCAACAACAUUAACUUCACCUUCCGCUUUGUGCUCAAAGUGCUGAUGAACAAGUACCCAGGACGCACACUGCUGGUAUUCAUCCUCUUCUUCUGGCUGAGUGCCUCAUGGUUGCUCACACUGUGUGAGAGGCAGAUCCAGGUGAACACAGGCCACAUGGGCACUGCUCUCUGGCUCAUUGCCAUUACAUUCCUCACAGUGGGGUACGGGGACGUGUCCCCCCAAACUGUCUGCGGGAAGGUGGUGUGCCUGUUUACUGGAGUCAUGGGCGUGGCCUGCACUGCCAUGCUGGUGGCAGUCAUGACGAAGAGACUGGCACUGAACAAAGGGGAGAAACAUGUACAUUACUUCAUGAUGGACAUCCAGAUCUCCAAACGGAUCCGCCAUGCUGCAGCCAACGUGCUGAGGGAAUGCUGGCUACUGCACCGCACCAACCUGGGCAAGAGGAACUUUGGGGAGCACCGGCGACACCAGAGGAGCCUGCUGGAGGCUAUCCGAAUAUUUCGCUACCUCCGGCUCAAACAGAGGAAGCUGCGAGACUAUGCCAGUGAGAUGGUGGACCUCUCCAAGAUGCAAAUGAUCAUGUGUGACCUGAGCGCCAACUGGAACAACUCGUACCGUGAGCUGGAGCAGCGCAUCAUCUCCAUGGAGCAGAAGCUGGACGAGCUGGGCCGCUGCUUAAACCACACCUCUGAGAUGCUGGCGCUCGCCGUCCAUCGGUACGGCGCAGACAACAGGUGACUCGUGCUCUCAGAGAGAUGGGGUGGAAGCCCAGGUAUUUGUCAAAAAUUUCAAUUCUGCCUGGAAAUGGAGUUGCUCUUCCCGAACUGCACUUUGACUGCCUCACCGUCAGAAGGCAGACAACUAUCCUGAUACAUUUUUUAUACAAAAAUCAACGCCCGAGUGGACAUUUAUGAACUGAUGCACCAUGGAUAAAGCAUCUAGA